AUGGAAUAUUACCGGACCGGGGGCUAUCACCCGGUAACAAUCGGGGAUCAUUUCCAUAAUCGCUACCGUGUAGUUCAUAAGCUUGGCCAUGGGACAUACUCAACGAUCUUGCUAGCCCGAGACGACAGAUCGAACAAAUACAUCGCAGUCAAAGUCUGUACGGCAGAUUGGAACCCCCUCGAGAUUGACAGAUUGUCGAAAUUAUCGAAAUCUCUCAGUUAUCAGACAGGGGAAGAACCAUGUUUCCUUCAAUCUCUUGAGGUAGCCCGAGUGAUAGCAACGCAGCUCAUGAUUGCGGUUCAAAACAUUCAUUCACAAGGAUUUGUUCAUGUAGACCUUCACCGUGGAAGAAACCACCUUCAACUGCCCCAUGAAUUCGAUCAGUUGUCCGCUGAAAAGUUACAUGAAUUGUAUGGAAAGCGGGUACUCGAGCCAGUCAAUCCAUUAGAUAGCCAAAAGCUCCCGCCAGGGGUCCCACAACAUGGUAUCUUACCUAUUUGGCUUGGGGAAGCAAGUGAAAAUGUUACACUUCCAGAAGCCACGGUCCUCUUUUCAGACUUUGGUGAAACACUCUCUCCUCCCCAAGAAGAUAAAUUCGAGUUCCAUACGCCUCUUCUCAUCUGGCCCCCGGAAGCUCGAUUUGAGCCAACCAAGCCUCUUAUUUUUUUCAUUCGAUAUCUGACACUUGCCUGCACUAUCUGGGAUAUUAUUGCCCAUGAAUCGCUAUUCAAAGGGUCUCUUACGAAGGAAGACGAUAUGAUUUACUAG